UCGGCUAUCCUCGACGCGGGAGCAUCGCCGUUUCGAAAGAGCCGCGACCUUCUCCCCGUCGCGUCGCGUUCCCGGUGGUGUUCAGGGGGCAAAGUACGCGCGAGAGGGGCCCGUUCGCACACUCCCGAGGACCUUUUCUGCGGACCCUUUCGCGCAGCGUAGAGAAAGCGCGCCGAAUCGACGUGACACAACGACAAUGAAAACGCAACCCCGCAGACUCCGUCCCCGUGCGAUUCUUUAGAAUUGACGGUGACUUUACGCUCGUACGAUCGCUUUGCCUCCGAUCUCUCGCCCCCUCGUUCCCGCGUUUCUUCCGGCCGUUCGCGUGCAUAUUUCGGAGUAGCGCGAGAUAGUGCGUGACGCGGUGCGUGUAUCCCCGGGGCGUCUUCGUUCGCGAUCUUAUCACGAAGUGAUAGUGAUGGUAUAGUGAAAGCAGUGUCUGCAAACGAUAUCGGCGCCGAGCGGAUGAUCGUGCCGGAAGAUUUCGAUCGUCCAGUUCGAGCUAUUUGACGUUCGAUCGAGGCUGCUAUACGAGAUCGGAGUGGAGAACGCGAAGUCGGAGCAUCGUUGAACAUUUUUGAAUUUCGAAAAAUUUAGAUAGCCGCGCGAACAUUUCGUUGUCACGGCAGUGAUUAAGUUAUACACUUGUUCAGCAAUAAAUCUCUUUCACUGCCCGCCCGAAAAAUUAUAACAAACUUCGCUCGCAGAGGAAAGAGAAGGAAACAUUACUGAUCGUUAAAUAAAAAGAAAAAAAAUCAUCGAUCGCAGAUACGUAUGUGAAUUUCGUCGCAAAUUCCGUCCUGUAGUGCUUUGCUUUGCCGAACAUAAAUCAUACGUGAAACAUCUUCUCGGCUUCAUGAUAGAAGCGUAGUGUCCCUGAGCGUUUAAGGACAUCGCCGACGGCCUCUGGAGAGUCUGCGUUUAAUUGCCGGUGGCAUCAGACGGUGCAGAGGCGCGCCGUUACAGGCGAAGCAGACGGCGAGAGGAAGGCGCGGUAGAGAAAAAAAAAUCACAUCCACCCAGGGCCAGGGAAUCGUGCUGCCGCGGCUGAUGGGGAGAUGUUAAAGUUAAAAGCCGCUCGUAAAACGCGUCGUCUCGCGGGUGCCACAACACUGCCAUUGUGCGUGCGAAACUUGUUUAUUUCGGCCGCAACACCAACGUCGACGCACAAUUGAAAGGUCGGUGGAAAAAAAAUUCGCGGCCUGCUCCUCUGCUGCUGACGCGCCAUCGAACAUUUCGCGCGGCGGACAGAGAGGCUCGCGAUCGUGAAAGGGAGCGAUUUGUAUAGACCGAUCGUCUGAAACGACAGCUAUAGAGGAACAAAAGGAGUGCGGAAGCGAAGUUCCUUCCUCAUUUGUGGCUACUAUCGAAGCACGUAUUCGAAGUCGAUCCCCCCCCCCCCUCCUCCUCUGAGGAGGAAGAGAAAUUGCGAGCCCGGAAAAAUGCGAUGAAGCCGCGCACAGCGGGGCAAAUAACCGCGGUGGAAUGAUCGAUGGAACGUCCAGUGCAUCGUGUGGAUUGCAUUAAUAACGACGACCAGCAGCCUAAUGCAUCGGCAGCGAUCUUACGGUCGUCGACGUUAGCGAGAGGAGACGAAAACGCCGCUUAGCGCCGGAUGGAAACCAGUCCUCGCGUCGAUCAAUAUGGAUCCCAGUGGAGUAAUCUCCGUCGGAAGAGUGAGUGAUAAUGCAGGUGACGCGGAAAUCGCCUAAGUAAGGGUCGGCAGCACGCGACCGCCGAUAACGAGGCUAAAGUUUAUCGCUAUCUGAUAGACGUCGAAUAUACGCCGCGAUGUAAAAAAAAAAAAAAAAAAACAAGUCUAUUUUUCGCAGAGAUCGUCAGUGAUUCUCGGCCGAUGGACUAGUGGAAUAAUAAACGUCAGAUUAGUUAUUUAUUAAAGCAUCGGUUUUUCGGGGGAGGCAGCCGGAUGGUGGCCGUUCGCACGAGAUACGCGAUACUCGCGAAACCACGGUAUACGUUAACGCGCAUCACCAAUUAGUGACGUCGCUCCGUAAUUGGGAGAAUGUGGUAUCGUCGUGGAGUUGUUUCGUGAUAGUGAGCGAAUUAUUUAAGCAGUGGCGUACCAGUUUAUCGUUCCAGUUUGGCGCGAUUUCAGCUUCGACGAGGGAAAACUAAUUGAGACGCGUCACCGUUCUAAUUUGUGCAACGUAAAGCGAGAGCGUUACGGCAUUUCCAUUCGCGUCGCGCGAGUGGCUGUAUGCUUGGAUAUACGGUGCGGCACGAGGUGAUCCUGUCCGCUACCGAACGAGAGAACGUGGAAUGCCGCGAUCGACGCGCGGAGUGUGUUAGUGGAUCCCCCAUCUCUAUCGCCGUUCAGCGUCUCCUGAAAACGACUGCGAUGCGCCUGAGAUAGUAUAUCAAUAUGUGAAUGAGCCACGCCGGGGAAAAGCGAUGUCUACUUCUCUUCCCACACUUGUCUGUUUUAUAAUUUGUUUUGGUGGUAUAGCGUCAUGCCUACGAAACUUUCGGACCGAUUUCCUGGAGGAAUGGCCGACGCCGGGCACCGGUCCUCACUUCGACACCUCAAUGCAAUCAAACUUCACUGGGCUGGUGGGGAAAACGGUGCAUCUCGUGUGCAAGGUGAAGAACUUGGGGAAUCGAACGGUUUCCUGGGUGAGGCACCGAGAUAUACAUUUAUUAACGGUUGGUCGUUAUACCUAUACCAGCGAUCAACGUUUCGAGGCACUACAUUCUCCUCACACGGAGGACUGGACCUUGAGGAUACGAUAUCCUCAGCGUAAGGAUUCCGGGAUUUACGAGUGCCAAAUAUCUACGACCCCGCCCAUCGGCCACCCCGUGUAUUUAACGAUAGUCGAGCCGGUAACCAUUAUAAUCGGAGCGCCGGACCUCUUCGUCAAUAAGGGCAGCACCAUCAAUCUGACGUGCGUCGUAAAAUACGCCCCCGAACCACCUCCGGCGAUGACCUGGAGUCAUAACACGGACAUUAUCAAUUUUGAUUCACCACGUGGCGGUAUCAGUCUCGUCACGGAAAAGGGGCCCGAGACAACGAGUCGUUUGAUGAUCCAGAAAGCUGUGCCGAGCGACUCCGGCAUCUAUCGGUGUGAGCCGAGCAACGCGAAUCCCAGUAGCAUAAAGGUGCACGUUGUUAACGAGGAACAUCCAGCCGCGAUGCACCACGGGGACGGAAGCUCCUCCUACAGCAAGACACGGCCGAUUUGUUUUAUAAUUUUAGUGAUAGCUAAUAUAAUGUUUAUAUAAGGCGAGAAGUACGGAAAAACACACUUAUCCCGACACACACGAUAAAACGUGAAGCGUGAAUCGCGCCGAAAAUCGCGCCGGGUUGCCUAUUUAACGUCGUUAACGUUUCUUGGAUAAAUAUUUGUGCAGGGUAAAACCGAACGUUACCAUUUACAUUUAAAAGAAAAAGAAAAAGAAAACGAAACUUCCGUGACCAAAGAAUUUUCAAAUAUCAGCACGACACAAUAAUCGGUAAGAGCGUAGUAUUUUGUUAACAUAUAUCAUCAAGAAAAAAAAACAAAUAACUUACGACGUCAAAAUUUAUUGUAUUAUUUGUAAAUAAAUUUAUUGUAUGUACAUAUCAAUAAAACGAUUGUCUUUA